CAAAAUAAGUAAAAUAACACCACAAACGGGAUGGAAUUUUUAACCAUUUUUACUCUUUUUCUCAUAGCAGGUGGCGUUAUAUGUGAGCCUCUCAGCAAAGAUCCAGAUUAUUACUGGCGAUACUACUUCGGCAGGAUGCCUGAAGAUGCACUUCUUGGAGGUUACGAUCAGGCGGGAAAGCCCAAGUACGUUGGCCAGUUGUAUCAUAAUUUCAAAAUGAUUCCUUCUUAUGCCGGCGGAAAAAGUCUCCAAGAGCAGUUACAUGGAAAAGUGGAGAUCCUGUGCACUCGUAAUCCUUGCAGAUAUAAGUGGAUUCCUACAAAUUCAACACACAUUCGCAGCCUAGAAUCCCAAUAUACAUUAAUUAGUGGGGGCUAUGAUCACGAACGUAGCGUAUAUUUCGGAAGAGUAAAUUUCGAUAUGGAACUUCGUAUUGGUCCAGUUUACCUUGAUGGUCAAAACUUCAACUUCGAAAUUCCGCACCUAGACGGACAACGCAUUUUUAAAAGUUAUCAAGUCUUAGUUUACGACUAUAAAAAUCAAGAGUGUGUUAGAUCAUAAGAAAUAGUAAUACCCAAAAUCAGUAAUUUUUGAAUAAAUUUUGCCAUCU